UUAGGAUGGGGGCCAAGACAGACAAGAUGUUUAGGAGGGGGAAGCAUCGACACCCUUUGGAAUAGAGAAAGUGUCGAACGCCAGCUGCAGAGAGCCCCAAAGAAUGAGUGUCUCCGAGGCUUUUGUCUCCUUAUAUGGUAAAAUGAUAGAGAGGGGUUUUGCCGGGCAGGGGAAGGCAGCAGCCUCCUUCCACACAACGCCGGCUGCGGAGCGCUGGGAUCGGAAGAGCACCGCUCUUGGCAGGCAGUGCAGAGCCCCGGCGAGCUGCACGGCUCUCCUCCGCAAGCAGGCCAGUGCGCUCUUCACACAUCUGUUCAUGGACGUGACCCCCUGUCCCCAGGCCAGGAGGUGACAUUAGCUGCCCGCUACUGCUCUGAUAGCUGGACUCCAGACACCAACAUGACUGAACGCUUUGACUGUCACUACUGCAAAGAGUCCCUGUUUGGUAAGAAGUACAUCCUGAAGGAGGACAGUCCCUACUGCGUGAAAUGCUAUGAAAACCUUUAUUCCAAUACCUGCGAGGAAUGCAAAAAACCUAUUGGUGCUGACUGCAAGGAUCUAUCUUACAAGGAUCGCCACUGGCACGAAACCUGCUUCCACUGCUUCCAGUGCAAGAAUUCACUGGUGGACAAGCCUUUUGCUGCAAAAGAGGAACGUCUACUUUGUACUGAUUGCUACUCCAACGAAUAUUCUUCCAAAUGUAACGAGUGCAAGAAGACUAUUAUGCCAGGUACUCGGAAGAUGGAAUACAAGGGCAACAGCUGGCACGAGACCUGCUUUAUCUGCUACCGCUGCCAACAGCCCAUUGGGACAAAGAGUUUCAUCCCUAAGGACAAUCAAAACUUUUGUGUACCCUGCUAUGAGAAGCAGUUUGCCAUGCAGUGCGUCCAGUGCAAGAAGGCUAUCACUACAGGAGGCGUCACUUACCGGGAGCAGCCGUGGCACAAAGAGUGCUUCGUUUGUACUGGGUGCAAGAAGCAGCUGUCUGGACAACGCUUUACCUCCAGGGAUGAGUUUGCAUAUUGCCUGAGCUGCUUCUGCAACCUCUACGCCAAAAAGUGUGCUGGAUGCACAAACCCCAUCAGUGGACUCGGAGGGACCAAGUACAUCUCCUUUGAAGAACGGCAGUGGCAUAACGACUGCUUUAACUGUAAGAAGUGCUCCCUCUCAUUAGUGGGUCGCGGCUUCCUCACAGAAAGGGAUGACAUCCUUUGCCCUGAGUGUGGGAAGGAUAUUUAAAGCUCAAAACAAGAGGUGGGGAAAGGGGAGGAAAGCUGUGCUUGCGAUACAUAGUCUGAAAUACACAGAUGUUCAGAACUAGCUUUGCCACUCUGACUUUCGCUGUACUAUUAACAUUACUUAACCUUUUUCUUCAAACUCUCCAAAUCUGGAGGGAAAACAAAAUCUCUAGUAGCAGUGGUGGUGUUCAAGAUUGCUACAGCUAACCAAAACUAAUGCAAAACCCAAGAUGUAACAUCAUUUGGGGGUUACUGACACAACAUAUGCUUUUUGGUUUUGUUUUUUGUUUUUCCACUCAAUAUUCUGGUUACAAGCAAAUGAUGCAGUUCAAGGAUUACAAUGGCCACAGACAAUACAUUCAUAGAUGGAUAUUCAAGGUGAAACCCUCAGCCCACUGAAAUCAAUGGCAAACCCCAUUCAAUUUCAAUAAGGCUGUGGUCUCGCCUCAGUGUUCUCGAGCUAUGUGACUAGUGUGUGCUGUCAAGUGUGUAGAAAGACUGCGAAUGUAGAGGGUGUUCAAUGUACAAGGAUUUGUGCCAUGCCAUGAAGAGAUAUAAUGAUAAAACAGUUGAAGUGGGAGUGCUUCGUAACAGGUACAUAUUUUAUUGCAUGACUAGCUGAUCAUUGUGUGAAGUACAAGUUCUGAUUGACGGUGUCAGUAUUACAGUUAGUCGACAUUACACUGCACAUUGUAUUUUUCAAAAUAAAAUCAUUUAAAACAAAA